GAGCCUAAACGGUCUUAGAAACUGAAUGGGAAACUUCUAAAUAUGAAAAAGUGUAAAUCAACUCAACUUAGAGAAUGGGUACGGUACUUUUGUAUGUGACUAUGUGCCCCUCCAACUCAUCUCAAUUUCUUAAUGUUACCCCCCACCCCAAGUUAGACUCUGAAUCAAAGCAAUCAAAAAGGCCUAGAAAGAAGAGUGGCAUUUUUCUUCAUCCCCUUAUGCUUUCUCCUCAUCUAUUGCUGCCCUUUGUAAUCAUGAGUCCUUGUGCCAUCAUUGCUAUAAAAGUCUCUCUCUCUCUCUCUCUCUCUCUCUCUCAGAUACAAACACAAAAUCACAGCUAUAUCACUUUUCUUUCACCCUAAUAGUUUCCUACCAAGUUUCUUCUCACCUAUAAAAACCAACCCCUUAUAGCCUAAUUGUUACGCCUCACUAUCGUCUCAUAGUUUCUCAUUUUUGUUUAUUUGUUGUUGUUAUUAUUAUUUCAGUUUUGCAAGAGAACCUUAUCUCUCACUUAUACCUACCCAUUUCUUUGAUUAUGUGUUCUUUCACUUCAAAACAAACCCUUUAUGGUCCUCUCUUUUUGGCACUUCCUCGUUCUUCAAGGGCAUCUAAGAGACACCACAGGCACCUUCGGUUGGGCCUCCUCAACAGAAGGAGGGCACAGUUGAAAGAAGCAACACAAAGGAAAAGGAUGGUUGUGGUGAAAGCAGAGAUUCAGAUGAAGAACUUGAAGUUGUACAUGGAGAACCAAACCAUCAUAGAGGAGAACGAGAAGUUGAGGAAACAAGCCAUGCUUCUGCACAAAGAGAAUCAAGCCCUCUUGUCUCAGCUCAAAAAGAAGCUUUCAGAACAAAACAAUUCCAACAAAUAACUAGCUAGCUGUUAGCUUAUAUACAUACAGGUUGUUGUAGCGUGGCCAACAGUAGGAAAAAUUGAAGGGACUGUAUCGAUGAUCCUUUUCUCAUAUCUUAAGCCUAUAUCUUGAUUUUGCUUCUUUUUUUUUUUUUUUUGGGUUGGGUCUUAGUUCGAGGUUGGAUUAAUUAAUUUUCUAGCAAUAAUUUUAGAGUGGUAAAAUAAGAUAAAUAGGUAAUAUGCCAAUUGUAAGCAUUACAUGGAAUAUAGAAUUGCGCAAUGCUGUAUUAGU